AUGGAAGACGUUGAGUAUAAGCUUGAGGCUGUGAAGGCCACUUCGAUCGCUGCCGACGACAUCGACAACACUUUCCGCUCUGGUGCUAUUGACCUCACUUCGGAAGCCCUCGGUGGGAAGAUCCUAGGCUUUUCCGAUGAAUGGUUCGCCGAAGCGGCCAACCUCAUCAACCCCAAGGCCCCGAUCCGCCAGGCCGGCAAGUUUGUCCACACAGGCGCCUGGUAUGACGGCUGGGAAACCCGCCGGCACAACCCGGAGCCCUUCGACUGGGUCGUGAUCCGCCUCGGCGUGGCCUCGGGCACGGUAGAGGGCGUCGAGGUGAACACGGCCUACUUCUCAGGCAACCACGCGCCCGCCAUCUCGGUCGAAGGCUGCUUCAGCCAAAACGACGAUGAGGUGCUCUCGUGGCGCGGCACCCGCGGCGGCUGGGAAACCAUCCUCGGCAUCCAGGAAUGCGGCCCGAGCCAGCGCUUUGGUUGGAAGUUGGACACCCCCACCACUAAACAGUACACCCACGUCCGCCUCAACAUGUACCCGGACGGCGGCAUCGCGCGGUUCCGGCUCUUUGGCCGCGCCGUGCCCGUCUUCCCGGAGGACAAGGACGCUAUCUUCGACCUGGCGGCCGCGCAGAACGCCGGGGUGGUCGUGGCCUGUAACAACAAGCACUUCAGCAGCCCCGACAACCUGCUCCUGCCCAACCGCGGCAAGGACAUGGGCGACGGGUGGGAGACAGCGCGGUCGCGGACCAAGGGCCACUUUGACUGGACCAUCAUCCGCCUCGGCGCACCGGGUUACGUCCACAGCUUGCUGGUCGACACGGCUAAUUUCCGGGGCAACUACCCGCAGCAGGUCAAGCUGGAGGCCAUUGAGUGGAAGGAGAGUGGAUAUCCCGCGGCGGAUGCGGAGGGUUGGGUUAGUGUGGCCGAGCCGAUUAAGUGUAAACCGGACACGGAGCACCCGGUUGAGAGUUUGGUGAAGGAUCGGCGGUUUACACAUGUGAAGCUGAUUAUGGUGCCGGAUGGGGGGGUUUCUCGUGUGCGUGUGUUUGGGAAGCGGGCUGGCGGCUUCGAAGCCGACGCCGGCUCGCUGUCUCCAAAGAGGAGGACCUUGCCCGCCGACCUCCCACGAUCCCUCGACGACAGGCGCCAUGUGUCCACCGACCUGGUGCCCGAAACGGAAAUGUAUGAUGGAUGGCAAGGACAAUCACAGUUCUUGACGUCGCCAAUGAUCGCAAAACCGAUGUCCUUUGGCGACCUGGCGCUCGACGACAACUAUGGCGAGGACCUAACAAAGGGUGGGCCUGAAAGCGAAUCCCGGCUGAUGGAGAUGCUGGCCGCCCAAGCUGCGCAUGCCGCCGGCGCCGCUUUUGAGGAUGAAGAUGCUAUUGCCACGGAUGAGAAGAGGUCGGAUGACGAAAAGAGGGAUAUCCUACAGAAGGCGUUUAUCAUGGCUGCCAGCAAUGGCAACAUCGAGUCGGUCCAGAAGAUUCUUAAGGGGAAGUCGAAGCAGUAUAUCGACGUCAAUGCACCUGACGACGAGGGCACAUCUGCUCUUAUAUACGCUAGCUGUUUUGGCCACGAGCCGGUAGUUCAAGCCCUCAUUGAUGCUAGGGCAGACGUCAAUAAGCAGGACCGCAAUCAAUGGAGCGCCCUUAUGUGGGCCAUGACAAACCGCCACAAGGGCAUCGCCAAGUUACUGCUAGACAAUGGGGCCUCCACGGAGGCGAAGACAUCAUCGGGGAGGACAGCCUUCGAUUUCGUGGCUCCCGAUAGCGAGAUGUCGUUUUACUUGAGCGGAUACGGCAUUGGGACGGCUGGUGCAACCGACGACUUUUACAACCCUGGGUUCAGCCAGGACAAGUUUGAGGAAGAACUAGCUGAGAAUGAGAUGCGGCGGCGCAUGAUGAUGGAGAGUGCCCGUGAUCUUGAAGUAGACCUCGGGAAUGUAGGUAUGGACGAUCAGCCUGAGUCGCCCGAGGACCAAGAAGAAGACCAACAAGAGUUUGAUUGGUCGAGGUGUUUACACGACCAAAUGUUCGUCUUCCAGGAAAACGAACUGGAUCGCAUCCUGGAUAUCGUCAUCACCAAUAUGACACCACAGCGAUCGCCUACUCAGAAGCCAGUACCGGCGAAUAUGAUAUUCCUAGGCGCGCGGUACGCGCAUUAUCACUCCAGCCCCGAGCUCCUAGCGAAGCUGCUCAUCACCGCCAUGACCAAGAUUAACAGUGUGGUGGAGAAGCACCAGUGGGAUAUGACCAUAUUAGCGUUCUGGAUGUCGAACGGAACGCUGCUUUUACACUAUCUCAAAAAGGACACCGGCUUGGUUGAGGCCACAACCGAGUUCCAGGCACAGCUUGCUGAGCUGGUGAACGAAAUAUUUAUAUUAAUCGUUAGGGAUGCCGAGCGCCGGCUCGACAAGGUUCUGGAUGUUGCUAUGUUGGACCACGAAACAAUACCGGGGUUUGAAGAUAUCACGUUCCAGAACGAGUGGAAGAUUUUCAAGCGAAAAAAGGAGGUCAAGGAAGAACCACUAGAAAAGCGGCUUCGACCCCCGUCCCCGAAGCAGCGGGCAAAGCCAUCCCCGCGCAACGUCACCUCACUCCUCUCCUCGACACUCUUCGUCCUUGACCUAUACGACGUCCACUCCGUUAUCACAGCACAAAUCGUCUCCCAGCUCAUCUACUGGCUGGGCGCCGAACUCUUCAACCGCAUCAUGUCGAACCGGAAAUACCUAGCCCGCACCAAGGCCAUGCAGAUCCGCAUGAACAUCUCCACACUAGAGGACUGGGCGCGUUCGAACAACCGACAGCCCGACCACUACGAAAAGGGCGAGAUGAAAUCGUCCGGCGAAGCCACCGUCGAUGCUGCCCGGCGCCACCUUAACCCCGUUAUCCAACUGCUCCAAUGGCUGCAGUGCUUCUCUUCCCUCGGCGCCGACGACCUCGAGGCCCUCGUCGGCACCCUCCAACAACUCAAGGCCCUCACCCCACAGCAACUUAUCCACGCCGCUACACACUACCGCCCAGAAGUCGGCGAGAAGGGCUUACCAAAGAGCGCCAUGAAAUACCUAGUCGCCAUCCAAAAAGAAGCCGCCCUCCGACGAGAACGCAAUCGCGCCGCCGCCGCCGCCGCCGCUGCAGCAGCAGCUUCCUCACCACCAGCAACACCAAAAAGCGCCAGCAAAAAGAACAACAGCGCACCAACAACGCCCCACAACACUGAUCCCACAAAAACAGCGGCCACAACCCCCGCAAAUAACGGAGAAGACGAGAACACCAACGAUGACGAUGACGACGACGAGGCCCCGCCGAAUUUACUUCUUGACCCGGCGCUCAUGCUCCCGUUCACGUUACCCAGCGUGACAGAUAUGCUGAUCAGCUUUGGGGCGGGCUUUGGGGGCGUGAAUCGGGAGAGGGAGCGGAAGUACAUCCCGACAAUACCGGCGGAGUUUUUGGAGAAGAUUGAAGGGGGCGCGGGGGCGGGAGGUGGUGGUAUUGGUGGGAGUAGUGGGAAUGGGGCUGGAAGGGGGGGCGGGGGGUUUUAUGGGCAGGGGCAGUGGGAUGAUGAGGAUGCGUAG